CUUGAAUGAUAUGAAAGUACUCCUGUUUUAAAUUCUCAAAGGUGAUACAGUAAAUACGAAAAACCAUAUUUGGAAACCAGAAUAUCAGUUUUGUGUUUCUGUACUGGAAAUAUGGCAAUCACGUGUUUCACUUGAGGUGGGCGGUUUGUAUUUUCAAGGUCAGCGCUCAAAAAUGUUUGAGCAGUCACAAACAUGCCCAAGCUGCAGGUCAAGCAAAUACAGUAAUCCUCAGUUAAAGUUGAUGGUGAAUGUGUGUGGUCAUUCAUUAUGCGAAAACUGUGUUGAAGUUCUCUUCGUACGGGGAUCUGGCUUAUGUGCACAAUGCAAAACCCCUAUUCGGAAAACAAAUUUUCGUUAUCAGCUGUUCGAAGACCCAUUGGUUCAGAAAGAAGUGGAUAUUCGUAAGAAGGUGCUUAGCGAUUUUAACAAGCGCGAAGAUGACUUUGAUUGUCCAGAAGAUUACGACUCUUAUUUGGAAAAGGUGGAAGAAAUAAUUUACAAUCUUACUAACGAUUUAUAUGUAGACGAUACGAAAAGGUACAUAGAGAACUACAAAAAGGAAAAUAAAGACGUCAUUAAAAGGAAUCGAACAAGGCCAUCAACAUCACAAACUUUUUAUGAGUGCGAGCUAGAGCGUGAAUCUGUUUUGCGUGAAAAGCGAGAAAGAGAAGAAGAAGAAGAAGAGGAACAACCGAAAGGAUUAAAAACAACUGGUGCGCCUGACGACGCUACCACUUCACUGGUAGCUGAUUCUGAGGGAGAAAAACGAAAAAGCUUGGUUCCCCCAACACCUCGAACAAAUAUGCUCAUCCCACCUGCCUCAUCCUUUGGACGCCGACCACCUACUACUUUUGUUCCCCCGUCAAUAUACGCACCUCCAUCUUAUGUCGUGCCACCUACACAAGGUGUAGGUUAUGGACCUAGUUCUGCGUUUCCUGUCCGUCCCUUAGUCACUCCAGCGAGUGGCCUUAUGGCUCCACCUUCCAUGUUCCCUGUAGCACCCCCCACUGGCAGUUCGUCAAAUAACUGGCCAAGUGGAUCACAUCACGCGGUACGUCUGCCUCACAUGCAAUCUGUUCGAAAACAACAAGACACUGUUUUGAUACCUAGUCAACAAACGGUACGUAUUUUUCUGUUUGCAGAAUAUUUUAUAAUCUACUCACACUUCACGGGCUUUAAGUAUUAUUUAAUUAGCAAAAUAGUUUGGCGUGUUUACUUUCAACUCGAGAAUAAAGCAUACUAUAAUAAAAUGUCAGUUAUAAAAAUGGAGGAUCAACACCACUGAAUGAAACUUGGAGAGAACUAUAAACGGUGGUCACAUCAAUAUAUUACCGUUGAUGAAAAAUUGUUUUCCUAAGACUUACUCUGUCUACAAUCUAGUUAUCUAACAGAAGUCAUUCGGUAAGUGUUUUAUUCUUAACACCAUUAUUUUUUGCAAUUUCGUGCAGUUUGGCUUGAACUUAUCCAGUAUGUAUUUGGAAAAAUCUAGCAUGAAUAAAAAUGAAACAGAACGGUUCCGUGGUUUGUUCAUAUUUAACUUUACAACUUCAUAGUUUAUCUGUUUUAUUAGUAGUCAUGCUUUCAUGUGCUUCGGUGGCACAGUGGUAAGGACUCUCGCCGACCAUGCACAUGGUCCGGGGUUCGAACCCACGCCGGCGCACACCUGAUAUCUAUGGUCGGCCUGCAAAAUUUGGGCUACCGAUAUCCAUGCUGAAAAUUCCAUACUUGUACCAAAAAUACAGUGUGGAAUCAAGCUGUAAAUCAAAAAUAUAAAAAAAUAUAA